GACUUGACAUGCCUUGUGACAUGACUUCCUGGCUUGUGAUACUGUUUUAUGUACCUUAAAGUGAAUCUAAAGGCUUUUUUUUUUUAAUAACAAACAUGUCUAUACUUAACUGCUGUGUGCAGUGGUUUUGCACAGAGCAGCCCAGAUCCUCCUCUUCUUGGGUCCCCUCCGCUGGCGCUCCUGGACCCUCCCUCCUGUCGGAUGUCCCCACAGCAAGCAUCUUGCUAUGGGGGCACCCGCUGCUCCGUGUGUGCAUGCACACACGGAGCCGCAACUCGGUCCCACCCCCUUUCUCUUCUCAUUGGCUCACUGGCUGUGAUUGACAGUAGUGGGAGACAAUGGCUCCCACUUCUGUCUCAGCCAAUGAGGAGAGGUAGUCCCAGGAUAGCCAAGACUCCUGCGCACAUCGCUGGAUCGCGAGGAAGCUUAGAAUGCAUAAAGGCAAAAUACCUUGAGCCUUUAGAACCACUUUAA